AUGAGGCUCGAUGUCAGAUCUCUGACCCUCACAGGCUUCCCCACGCAUGACCCGGCCCUGUUGGAGCAAGGGGAGGACAUUUGGAUCCCCAACAUCUCAAGAUCCGAGGAGGAGGAGGAGGAGGAGGAGGAGGAAGGGGCCAGACCCCUCCUGAAGCUGUGGUCCAGGAGGAGGAAGCAAUGGAGGAGCUGCUGGGAUGCCGGGAGCUCCUCUGGAUCCAUAUCACACUCAGAUGAUGGACGGACAAGCGGGACGGACGAGGACAGCUCCCAUGGGGAGGACGGCGGGAUCAUGAGGAGACCCAAAGGCAGCAUCUCCCUGGGCUAUGAGCCCCACAGGAGGAGAUCGUCCUCGUCCGGCUACAACGGGAGGAAACCUCAUCCCAAGAUCCCGACGGAGAAGCACAAGUGCAGGAAGUGCGGGAAGAGCUUCAACCGCGGCUCAUCCCUCAUCCGGCACCAGCAGGUCCACGAUGGGCAGAAGCCCUUCACGUGCUACAUGUGCAGGAGGAGCUUCGCCUGCAGCUUCACGCUGCAGGACCAUCAGCAGCACCAGUGCCAGAAGAAGCCCCACAGGUGCCCCACGUGCAGGAAACACUUUGCCUCCACCAAAACCCUGCGGAAGCACCGUCGGCUCCACGAGGAGAGCGGAGCGUUCCAGUGCUCCGAGUGUGGGAAGUCCCUGACGUCCAACUCGGCCCUCGUCGCCCACCAGCGCAUCCACACCGGGGAGAGGCCGUUCCCGUGUCCCGACUGUGGGAAGUGCUUCAUGGCCAGCAAGGCCCUGAACAAGCACCGCAAGAGCCACACAGAAGGAGACCUCUUCGUGUGCCCGGACUGCGGGAAGAAGCUCAUGUCCAAGUCCACCCUCAUCACCCCCCGGCGGCUCCACACGGGGGAGAAGCCCUUUGAGUGUCCCGACUGUGGGAAGAGCUUCACGGGCAGCAAAUCCCUGAGCAAACACCGCAAGAUCCACAGGGACCACGGCCCCUACAAGUGUUCCAAGUGCGGAAAGACCUUUCCCAUGAACUCCUCCUUCGUGGCCCAUCUCCAGCAGCACCGGGACGCGGCGCCGGGCACCUUCUCCGACGGGAAUCUCCUGGAGGUGAAGCGCAAUCAGUGCCAGGAGUGUGGGAAGGUGUUCCGGGAGAGCGCGAGCCUGCGGCGGCACUGGCUCAUCCACACCGGCGAGAAGCCCUACGAGUGCUCCCACUGCGGGAAGAGCUUCCGCGCCAGCUCCACGCUCAUCAUCCACCGGCGCAUCCACACCGGGGAGAAGCCCUACGAGUGCUCCCAGUGCGCCAAGUGCUUCAUGUCCAGCUCAUCCCUCACGAAGCACCUGAAGAGCCACCUCCGCAAGGAGAUGCUGGUGGGGCCCAGUCACUGA